UGGCCGCCUAUACGCCCGAGGAGCGCAUUACAACGUGCGAGAUCCUGAGCGGUGGUUCUUACUUGGCGUUGGCGCUGGAAAACCGCCAUAAUCUCAUCACGCUAAAGCUAGGGUCGGCUGGAGCCGAUACCGAAGAUGUGGUACGAAAAACAGCCAUCGUCUACGGAGAUGCGGAACACGAUGGCAAGCAAUUCGAUUUGAAGCAGUAAUCGGUGUGAAUCUAGAGAGUAACGCAUGGAAACGUUCGGUCCCAUACAGUUAGUAGUUGAUUGUGUUGACGAUGAGUAUGAUAGUAGAGUGACAAACCGACAGGGAGAUGGAGAGGAGAAGGGGCGGGAAUCUCACGCACGGUUCACCGUAGAGGGUGAUACUGGGUACGGUGGGUGGUCCAUCGAUCGAUCGACCCUUGUCAUGCUGUAUAGUUAUUUAUUCAAUCUAGCUUAGCUUGUGAGUGAAUCGCUUCACAAUGUGUGUAUGUAUAUGUAUUGUGUAUGUGUGUGUGCGUGCGUGUAUUGUGAGACUAUUAGCAGUGCAGACUAAUACGCCACGAGAUGGCUCGUCAGGUUUAUCUGUUCGGAAAGAAGGAUUCGUUUCAAGCACGAUCGAUCCAAAUUGUACAGUAGUCAAAGCGCAGAGCAGGUGUGUAAAGACGCUGGCUCUACUUCCUAGAAGUAGCUAAUAGAGAGAGAGAAAAAAAAAACAAAAUUAAGUCACAAGCGAUAUCUACUAGAAGGUGUUUUCACAUCACCAUUGAUAACCGCGCUCUAGAGGAAUUCGUGCUUAGUUCGAUAAGUAUUUUACUGUUCAAACAAACCCACACAAAGCCCAAAAAUCCACACAAAAAGCAACAUACGGAUGCUUCCAUUGGCCACAUUACCGGAGAGUAAACUAAUAUAGAGAAUAAGUGUACAUCUUUUUGUCACAACACGGCACACAUUCUAUUGAAACCAAGCGCACCGCCAUACUUCAUAGCCCGUCUGCUUUGCUGUAAAGUACAUUGGCUUAGGGAACCUGGUUCACCGUUUUAGCAAAUCCAUAGUAAGCACAACGCAGCACGGAACGGUACAUUUUGGGACAGUUUUUGAUGGCGGUCCGUCUGUCUGUCUGUCUGUUCGGCUGCCUGUUAGGUAACAAAAAACGUAAGUUAUUAAUAUCAUAUUAAAAGACUAGAAGGCUCGGAGAGGGGCCUAUCGGGAAGACAUUACGUAUCGCAUAGUGCUAUAGUCGAAGUGGAACUGGUGCUCGUCGUUUCGGUGAAGCUGUAAAUGGUUUUGCUUUCUGCAGGUAAUCUCAUUUCACUGUACGUCUCUGACUUUUUGAUUUAUUUUUGAAUUUGCAAUACGUAACAGCUUGCGUAUGAAGCUCACCCUAGUCAGGCAACAGUUUCGUUCGAACCUUUAACUAGUUGAGUGAUAUCUAUAUCGGUGAGCAUGCUCAUACGAGCAACAUAAUUGACUAUUUUUUUUACUUUUUAUUUCGCUGGUUCAAUUCAAUGGCAGUACUGCGCAGAACACGAUUGAUAACGUUUUAAAUUAAAUACACCAGUUAACCGAACAUUACUAAUGGUAAUAAUAGACAGUAAGACACCCCACCAACCACUACUCCGGCAGUCCGCCGGAUCAGGCACAGUCAUACUAUCGCACAAUCCAGUGAAAACUUUUACUUAGAGCAAUAGUCAGGACAGCAUGGCACACCAAUAAGGCCGUAGUUACAUCUGGAACUCAAAAAAAAAAAAAAGAAAGAUGAUUGAGGCACUAGUCUCACAUUUUCGCAAAUCGCAAAUAGUCCGUAACUAGUGAAUGGAGUGUGUAGCAUAGUAAGUGAAUAUGUGGUGCAGCCGGAAUAUACUAAAGUGAAUCAAGCAAAACCAAGCAAAAACCAGGUGCUGCCAGCACGCACUUAUGGGCUGCAGCAUCACCCCGCCAAGCAGCCAAUCCCACCCAUCCACCCACCCAUGAGUCAUCUUUCUCCCUCUGAGUGUAAGAAUUGCCAGGAAUGAGCAGACUCGCUACUUGAACGUUCUCAUCUGGAAUGAGAGGAAUUGAGGCUGGCCCUCGAAGAAGCAUCCUAGAGCCUAGAGUGAUCAAGAGCACACGGCAAUUUAGUAGCGGGAUAACGUAAGCCAUACACGGGAUCAGCCACCAACAUGAUCAAUCGAGAAGAGCAAGCAGAGAAGAGAGUCGAAGGUCAGUUGAGCACAAAGCACUUUUCAUAACACGAUCUUCAAGUGUUCAAGUCCACUCUGCUCAUCAUCACAGUCAGGGUAAAUCUGGACAGAAGAGAUCAAAAGUACUGCAGCUCAGACUUCAGGCUUCUGCGAAAGGUAAGGGAUGGCAAGCUGUUGGAAAUGAAAGGCAUAACUGCACAAAUAACUAAAACGAUAAAAGGUAAAAUGAAAGCACUCAAAGCAUAUUGUACGCAACGCAUAACCUACACACAAAACAAGACAACAACAACAAAAAAAAACGCAGUCUAGAAAUAGGCGAGAAAGAACUAUCAAUUUUUUAUGUAGCAUCUUUUGAGUAACACUGUACAACAGUAAUUUUUGAUUUUUUGUAUGGGUGUACUGAAGAAAGCGAGAAGUGGAAAUAGCGAGAAAGCAAACAAUCUAUUAUAUGGAAAAUCAAGAAAAUAACAACAACAACAACAGCAUAGACGCGUAAUUCAGAUGCGAACGGUAUAUACUAAUGAGAAGAACAAGAAACAUAUUGAAGCUGCGAG